CAACACAUGGAAAUCACAGGGUUUGGAUAUGUAAAGUGUAUAUUAUAUAAAGAGGUGGGCAUAUGUUCCGAGGAGGAGAAAUGGCUGCUUAGUUUAAAUCAUAGUCCGCACCUGCCAAAUUCUGAUAUAACUAUUACUAGUUUUAUUGUUUAAUGAUAGAUUGCAUUCCUACCAACGCGGAUUCAUUCAUCUCUUCUUUUGGGGCCCUUACGAAUGCUUCGAUGAAUAUGGAAUAGAGGAUUUAGAUGGAGAGCUUCUGCUAAAUUUGGAGGAGAGAAUCUACACAAGGCCUUCCUUGCACGAUCUCAAUAUUCUCUGGUGUGAGAGUUGGUAACAAAUAAGCUUUCAUGGCAGUAUUAGCAACUACUGAAAUUUGUGACACAUACCCUGCUCUUGUGGAGAGUGGUGAUCUCCGUGUCUUACAGCCAAGUUUCCAGAUAUAUGGUGGUCGCCGAGCCUUUUCAGGACCUAUUGUGACACUCAAGGUCUUUGAGGACAAUGUCCUCCUGCGAGAAUUUCUGGAGGAGAGAGGUAAUGGAAGAGUUUUGGUUGUUGAUGGAGGAGGAAGUCUCCGAUGUGCCAUACUGGGGGGUAAUAUUGUUGUUUCAGCACAAAACAAUGGGUGGUCUGGAAUAAUUGUGAAUGGUUGCAUACGAGAUGUUGAUGAAAUAAACAGGUGUGACAUUGGGGUGAGAGCUCUGGCAUCUAAUCCACUGAAAGCCAACAAGAAAGGAGUGGGUGAAAAAAAUGUGCCCAUUUAUAUUGGUGGCACGCGCAUUGUCAAAGGGGAGUGGUGCUAUGCAGAUAGUGAUGGUAUUCUUGUUUCACAAAGUGAAUUAAUCAUAUAAUUCCUUGUAAGUGGGUAGGGCAAUUCCAAUUAGAUUUGAUUGUCCUAAUUUAUAGGUUCUUAGAAUCUAAGACUUCAUUAAUUUCAGUACACUUUUACCUUGCUUGUGAUUGCAGUGCUGAAGUCAAGUGUUUUAAAUCUCCUUAUAUUCUUGCAUACUAUAUUUUUUCGUGUACUUGUUUUCUGCAAUCAACAUCCAGCGAGCUUUGUUUAAGAUUGAAAUUCCUUAGAUAUUUUAAAACAGUAUGUUGAGUAUAAAUCUGAAAGUUCGUUUUUCUAA